GAGGACUCCGGGGCGGAGCUGCCGCCGCAUCAGCCGGCGAUGGGCUCUGGGUCGCGCAGCCCGGCCCGGCGGCGCAGGGAGCGGGGCCGGGAGCGCUCCGGCAGCCGGGGGAAGCGGCGGCGGCGCAGCAGGAGCGGGGGCCACCGGCGAGAGCCGAGCUCGGGCUCCGAGUCUGGCGGUGAGAGGCAGAAAUGGAAGCAGAAGAGCAGAAGCCGGGACCAGCACCACAGCAGCCGCAGGAGGCACCGCUCGCACUCACGGGGCCGCUCCUCCGGGUCGAGCUCUGAGCGUGAGCGGGACCAGAGGAGAGCCCGGAGCCGGGAGCGGAGGAAGAGGGACGGCUCCAAGUCUUCCGUGUCCUCUGUCAGCUCCCCUUCCCCACCGCGCUGCCGGGGCCGGGAGGAGACGGGGCAACAGCUGAGCCUGCAGGAGCGCCUGAGGCUGAAGGAGGAGAAGAAGAAGCAGGCUGCGCUCAUGAAGGCCCUGGAGACGCCCGAGGAGAAGCGGGCUCGGCGGCUGGCCAAGAAGGAGGCCAAGGAGAGGAAGAAACGGGAGAAGAUGGGAUGGGGAGAGGAGUACAUGGGUUACACCAACACUGACAAUCCCUUUGGGGACAACAAUCUGCUGGGCACCUUCAUCUGGAGCAAGGCACUGGAAAAGAAAGGAAUCAGCCACUUGGAUGAGAAGGACCUGAAGGAGAGGAACAAGCGAAUCCAGGAGGACAAUCGCCUAGAGCUGCAGAAGGUGAAGCAGCUGCGCCUGGAGCGAGAGCGGGAGAAGGCAAUGCGUGAGCAGGAGCUGGAGAUGCUGCAGCGGGAGAAGGAGGCGGAACACUUCAAAACCUGGGAGGAGCAGGAGGACAACUUCCACCUGCAGCAGGCCAAGCUGCGGUCCAAGAUCCGGAUUCGGGAUGGGAGAGCAAAGCCUAUUGACCUUCUGGCCAAGUACAUCAGCGCGGAGGAUGACGAUCUGGCCGUGGAGAUGCACGAGCCCUACACCUUCCUGAACGGCCUGACCGUCUCCGACAUGGAGGAUCUGGUGGAGGACAUCCAGGUUUACAUGGAGCUGGAGCAAGGGAAGAACGUGGACUUCUGGAGGGACAUGACCAUCAUCACGGAGGAUGAGAUAGCCAAGCUCCGCAAACUGGAGGCCUCUGGGAAAGGAGGACCGGGAGAGCGUCGGGAUGGUGUCAAUGCCUCGGUCAGCUCCGACGUGCAGUCCGUGUUCAAGGGGAAGACGUACAACCAGCUGCAAGUGCUGUACCAGGGCAUUGAGAGCAAGAUCCGGGCAGGAGGCCCCAACCUGGACAUUGGGUACUGGGAGAGUCUGUUGCAGCAGCUGAAGGCUUACAUGGCUCGGGCCAGGCUGCGGGAGCGGCACCAGGAUGUGCUGCGCCAGAAGCUGUACAAGUUGAAGCAGGAGCAGGGAGUGGAGAGUGAACCGUUGUUUCCUAUCAAGCAGGAACUGGCCUCCCCCAGUGACAGUCCUCUCUUCUCUCUUCCUUGCAGGCUAGAUCCAGAGGAGAUGGUACAGCCAGGGCCAUCAUCGGAGCCAGAGGCUGAGCAGGAUGCAGAGGCCAAGGGAGAGGCUGUGCUGAUGGAGGAGGACCUAAUCCAGCAGAGCCUGGAUGACUACGAUGCAGGGAAGUACAGCCCCCGGCUGCUGAGCACCAAUGAGCUGCCCUUCGAUGCACAUGUGCUGGAGGCUGAAGAGGACACUCAUCGCCUGCUGCUCCUGCGUCAGCAGCUGCAGGUCACAGGCGAUGCCACCGAGAGCACUGAUGACAUCUUCUUCCGUAAGGCUAAGGAGGGGAUGGGUGCAGACGAAGCACAGUUCAGUGUGGAGAUGCCCCUCACAGGCAAAGCUUAUCUCUGGGCUGACAAGUACCGGCCUCGCAAGCCUCGCUUCUUCAACCGGGUGCACACAGGCUUCGAGUGGAACAAGUACAACCAGACCCACUAUGACUUUGACAAUCCUCCUCCUAAGAUCGUGCAGGGCUACAAGUUUAACAUCUUCUACCCUGACCUCAUUGACAAGCGCUCGACCCCCGAGUACUUCCUGGAGGCCUGUCAGGACAACAAGGACUUUGCCAUCCUGCGCUUCCAUGCUGGGCCCCCCUACGAGGACAUCGCCUUCAAGAUCGUCAACCGCGAGUGGGAGUAUUCCCACCGGCACGGCUUCCGCUGCCAGUUUGCCAAUGGGAUCUUCCAGCUCUGGUUCCACUUCAAGCGGUACCGUUACCGCAGAUGAGGAGCUGCCCCACUCACCUCCAGAGCCCUGGAACAAGGGGCUCUCGCUUGCAAUCCAUGCACUGCCCCACAGCCAUCCCCAAGGCAUGGCCCAGCACAGGGCCUGUUCCUGAGGGGUUUCCCUGUCCUUGCUUUUAUGUUGAGGGACCCUGAGACUUUGGUACCAAUAAAUAGGGGUUGUUUAA